AUGAGGCGAAACGUCAUCAUGUCAUCGUGCGAGUGUGGAAUGAGCAGCCAGCUCAAGUUGUGCAUGGGAGAUCGAUUUCAGCAAGUUAGAGGUUUGUACAGUCAUCAGCGAGUUCACACUGGGGAGAAGCCAUUCACCUGUUCAGAAUGUGGGAUAGGAUUCACUCAGUCAUCCCAACUACUGGCACAUCAGUCAGUUCAUAAUGGGGAGUGGCCAUUCACCUGCUCAGUUUGUGGGAAGGGAUUCACUCAGUCAUCCCACCUACAGAGUCAUCAGCGAGUUCACACUAGGGAGAAGCCGUUCACCUGCUCAGUCUGUGGGAAGGGAUUCACACAGUCAUCCCAACUACAGAAUCAUCAGCGACUUCACACUGAGGAGUGGCUGUUCAUCUGCUCAGAAUGUGGGAAAAGAUUCACUCAGUCAUCCACCCUACUGAGUCAUCAGCGUGUUCACACUGGGGAGAGGCCGUUCACCUGCUCAGAAUGUGGGCAAAGAUUCACUCACUCAUCCACCCUACAGAGACAUCAGCGAGUUCACACUGGGGAGAGGCCAUUCACCUGCUCAGUCUGUGGGAAGGGAUUCACUCGGUCAUCCAUCCUUCAGAGUCAUCAGCGAGUUCACACUGGGGAGAAGCCUUUCACCUGCUCAGUCUGUGGGAAGGGAUUCACACAUUUAUCCAGCCUACAGAGUCAUCAGCGAGUUCACACUGGGGAGAAGCCGUUCAGCUGCUCAGUCUGUGGGAGGAGAUUCACUCGGUCAUCCCAACUACUGGCACACCAGUCUGUUCAUACUGGGGAGAAGCCGUUCACCUGCUCAGUCUGUGGGAAUGGAUUCACUCGGUCAUCCCACCUACAGAAUCAUCGGCGAGUUCACACUGGGGAGAAGCCAUUCAUCUGCUCAGAAUGUGGGAAGGGAUUCACUCGGUCAUCCACCCUACUGAGUCACCAGCGAGUUCACACUGGGGAGAAGCCAUUCACCUGCACAGCAUGUGGGAAAGGAUUCACUCGGUCAUCCACCCUACAGAGACACCAGCGAGUUCACACUGGGGAGAGGCCAUUCACCUGCUCAGUCUGUGGGAUAGGAUUCACUCGGUCAUCACAACUACUGGCGCACCAGUCAGUUCACAGUGGGGACUGGCCGUUGUUAUGAAUCCCUGGGUUUCGUUUGCUGUGGACUGUCAUUUUAAGAGAGAGAGACAGAGACUAGGAUGCCGACUCAGUCUGACUUGCAGCUUGUUUUCAUUGCUCGCAGCUUGUUUAGUUUUAACCGAGGACACAGACACUCAGAGUCAGACGGAGACAAAGGAGGAAAAAUGGAAGGAUCGAAACCAGGGAACUACUGGCCAAGUUCACUGUUUGGAACUUUCCUAUGCCCACAAGGAUGGGUUAAUUAUCGAUUCACCGUACAUCGAAUGUGUGGUUGUUACCUCGUUUGAUCCUUAAGAGUGGAUCGGAUUUGGCGCAUCCUGUGUUAACCCUUGUCUGGCUGUGGUGUGGUAGUUCAUGAAGACAAUACCCCUUGUGACAAGUCACUUUCGAUGAGAAUUUGUAUGUGGAUUUGGAACGAUGACGGAUAAAAUCUCCAGCAACUGUUCUCUCGCUUUACCACCGUGGAACCUGUGCAAUUCUACAUAUUUGCCUUCUCUCGCCAUUUACCCUGGAUCAUAACUCUCUCUCUCUCUCUCUCUCUCUCUCUCUCUCAUCGCCUAUUCUGUAGUUGAACUGAACUUUCAUACUUUACCAUCUCAAGACUGUAAGCCUUGUUUCCCCCGAGCUCAAUAGUUUGGGAGUUACAUUUACACACAUUUAUAAACUUAACACUGUUAACUUCUGUUUAUCUUGUUUAAGUUGCAAUUUUACAAG